UUAGUGAUGCAGCAGUAUCCAGUUUUCCAUAUUGUCCUGAAUCUAGUUUGAAUUUUUCAACUUCAACAACAGCUUACAGCGAGGAUGAUGCAGAGCACGUAAUGGAAAGACGUAACAAAACGUCUAGGAGCAAAAUAUCAACAAUGAAACAAAUGAUGAUACUAAUACAGCAACAGAAAACAUCGAAUUCAGAAACAAAAACAAAGUUACAAAAAAGACAUUCGUCUUGGCCUUCACUUUCGUCUUCAAAGCACAUCAAAAACUUUACAAUAUCGCCACUUAAAUAAGAGUGAAAAACAGUCACCCGCUCCUGCAUGCAUUCCACCAUUGAACCCAUUGUCACCACCAUCGCUCCAAUUAGAUUUACAUCACAGUGACUCAAUAACUCUUCAGGUACCAUAUACAGAAAUUUUUUACCUUAAGCAAAUCAACACUGAAUUUUUCACUUCAAUGAAGGCUUUAAAAGAAAAAAAUAUAAAACGAAAGCGUAGAGUAACAGGACUUGAGAACAAGUUAAACUGGAAAAUGAAGCAAAAAUCUUCUGGGAGAAACCAUUUAAAUUUUGGAAAUUCCAGCAGUCAACAAAAAAACGGCAUUGAAUGUGCAAUAGCGAUUUUCAAUGAAGAAUUGAAAACCUUUAUAAGUUCAGAUGAUGUACAAAAAUAUAUAAGUCAAACAACAACAAUCCAAAAAGACGAAUUCGAAUGUGGACGGAAAUAAUGCUUGUGUACAUUUCUCUUGGCUAGCCAUAAAGGAGAAGAUAAACUGAGAAGAUAAAAUUGAAUGCGACUGUACUUGCCGUUUAAAAAAAAACAAGAUCCACUUUCACAUAGAAUUAUUGAAAAGAGGCGAAGAGAUAGAAUGAAUUCAUGUCUAGCGGAUUUAUCCCGACUCAUUCCACCACAAUAUCAGCGGAAGAGUCGAGGGAGAAUUGAAAAGACGGAAAUAAUUGAAAUGGCAAUACGUCAUUUAAAACAUUUACAGAAUGGAUGCGUUCAAAAAGAAACCGAUUAUCGAAUGGGAUAUACGGAUUGUAUGAAAGAAGCAGCCAAAUUUUUGUGUGAUAGUCAAAUGCAAGAAUACUGCUACCGUAUGCUAACUCGCCUGCAGGAUCAUUGUGAUGAGGUCCUUAUUAAAAGAAAUUUCUUUAAAGCCCACUGUCCUUCGGAUAAUGUAAGUGCGUCCAGUGGGAGCCCACGUAAUGGAUAUCACUACGUCGCUGCUCCAUUGACACAACUUCAAGAUAUUCUUGCAUCCGAUGUAGACCAUAGCAACAGCAUCGACAACAGUGAUGUGAAAGAUUUAAGCUUUCGAAAUUCUCAUUCCCACCAAACUCCUAUUGUAACUUCUACGGCGCCGCCAUCAUUCCACCAUGAUUCCAGCAAUCAUGAUUUUGAUGCGUCCCGAGAGCCUCUUAUACACAAUGAAACUGCAAACAUGCACUCACCAACACCAAACACCCAUAACUCUGAUGACAACUUAUUAAUGCAAGCAGUUCGCAUGCGCAAUUUGUCGGAAUCUUCCCAUGAUAUAGAGCACAACAUUAAUUAUAAAUACAAAAAUCAUAUUAAGGAGCGUUUCAACCAAGACCAUUUGCAUGAUGAAACUUCAAGUGAAUAUUGUCCACCUGUACACAUUCAAAGUGAUAUAUCGGAGCACUCAAAAGAUGAUGUUGAUGUUGGAAGUUCUGUUGUAAAAAAAAGGAAUCUCGAAGACAGUGGUAUUCUACCAGUGUCAUCUGCUACAUCAUCCAAAGCAUUCUCUUUCAGUUACAUAAAAUCUGAACUCAACAACAGCAGCAUAACAUCAGUAAUAACGGAAAAGCAAGAUAUUAAUACCCCAACUGCGGUAGCUAGCCGACAUUUCGCUGUUCCCAUAUUUGCUCUCCACGGGCAUGGCACCUAUUACGUUCCACUAAACAUUGAUUACAAUAGCUUGGUUCCAUAUCUAAAUGGAAUCAAUUUAAUGGACAAAAACUAUUCAGGGACACCUGUUCUGCAUCCAAUUAAUAUAAAUGUGGACUUCGCGCCAACGAGACAUAUACCUAACAAAAACAAAGUUGAAUCAAACACAUAUGUAUGGUAAACAAGAUCGCUGGCCAUGACGUUAACUACCUCAGGUUACUCAACAGAAAAAAUUCAAUUAUUAUAAUUUAAUAAUUAAUUCUAAAAUUUGUAUGUUACUUUCUUGAGAGUAGAACUUUUAAGAGAAAAUAUUUCAAAAACUUGUAAUUAUGUAUAUACCUAUGAAAAUAUGCAGUUCAAAUAUUUUCAAUUGCAAAUUUAUUUCAUAUAUAUUUUUGAAAUUAAAGUGAAAUUCAAAUAAGAAAAUA